AUGGCAGCUCUUGCCAGUUCUCUCAUUAGACAGAAACGGGCGGUCAAGGACGACCAAGCCAACCGACCGGUAGCCAACAAGCGCAAGCCCUGUCCUAAGAGCAACAAGUCCUUGUGCCAGAAACAGAUCCUGGUUCUGAUCUCCAAAGUGCGACUAUGCGGCGGUCGAAAAGGUCGAAACGAGAAAAGACCGGAGCCACAGCUGAAGGGCAUUGUUACGCGGCUAUACAGUCAGCAUGGAUACUACCUGCAGAUGCAGCCUGACGGCACAAUGGACAGCACAAGAGAUGAAAGCAGCUCAUUUUCACAGUUCAACUUAAUUCCAGUGGGACUGCGGAUUGUGGCAAUCCAGGGGGCAAAGACAGGGUUAUACCUGGCCAUGAAUAGCGAUGGAUACCUCUAUACGUCGGAGAACUUCACUCCAGAGUGUAAGUUCAAGGAGAGUGUGUUUGAGAACUACUACGUUACAUACUCAUCCAUGCUCUAUCGUCAGACCCAGUCCGGGCGCUCCUGGUACAUCGGUAUCAACCGUGACGGCCAGAUCAUGAAGGGCAACCGGGUAAAGAAGAAUAAAGGAGCAGCGCACUUCCUGCCUAAAGUUAUAGAAGUUGCAAUGUAUAAGGAGCCAUCACUACAUGAGCUCACCAGUGAGCCUGUGAGUCCUCCUCGGAAGACAGUGAAGACAUCAGAUUCUCCGUCCCUGAAAAAUGGACGGAAAGAAGCUCCCAAGGCUGAUGCCUCAUAG